AUGAAAAUCAAGUUGCUUGAGUCGGAGAUUGUCCAGGUAAAUGACAGCGAGACCACCCCCUUUAACAUGGAGAUGAGGUCUGGACAGAUAAUUAUAUCCUUCAGAUCGACAGUUCAGAAGCGCAAAAUGUCUAUGCAGGGAAUUCAAGUUAGUGGUACGUUGCUGGGCAUCAUGCCAAAAAGACAAAGAACUUCAGUCAACAUCCCUGUCAACAGUCCUGUCAACAUCCCUGUCAACAGUCCUGUCAACCGUCAUUUAUCCAGAAGAAUCGUGCUGCUGGGUAAAAGUGGUGUUGGGAAAAGUGCAGCUGCAAACACAAUACUGGGACAGAGAGAGUUUGAAUCUAGAGUUGGCUCAAAUUCAGUAACCUGUGAAUCUUCAGUGAAACAUGCCACUGUUUCUGGCAGGAAAGUGUCUGUAGUUGAUACUCCUGGAUUCUUUGACACACACAUGAGCUCUGAGCAGUUAAUGAUAGAGAUAGCAAGAAGUGUUUAUAUAUCCAGUCCUGGACCUCAUGCUUUUAUCAUUGUGUUUCCUGUGAAUAGAUUCACUCAGCAGGAGGAAGAGAUUCCUAAAAUCAUUGAGAUGUUGUUUGGUGAAGAAGUGUUGAAAUACUCCAUGAUUCUCUUCACUCAUGGAGAUCAGCUAGAAGGAAGGUCCACAGAAGGAAUCAUUGAAGAAAAUGAAGCAUUAAGAGAUCUAGUUGAUCAGUGUGGAGGCAGAUAUCACGUCUUCAACAAUAAAGAUGAGAAUAACAGAGAGCAGGUGAAUGAUCUACUGCAGAAGAUUGACACAAUGAUAGAGCAGAAUGGAGGAGGACACUACAGUAAUCAGAUGUUUGAAGAUGCUUACAGAUUCAGACGAGAAAAAGAGUUUCAGAGUGUAAGAAAUGAGACAGAACAGAGAAUCAGAGCAGAGAUACAGCGUGAGAACAAUGAGAGACAAGAACAAGUGCAGAUUCAAAGACGAGAGGAGAUUGAGAGAGUGAGAAUGAUGACAGAGGAGAAAAUCAGAGCAGAGUGUGAAACUCAAAUGAGGUCUGAAAUGAGAAGACUUAAAGUUGAAAGACAGAGAGAGGAAGAGGAGAGAAAACAACAAGAGGAGAGGAAAAGACAUGAUGAGAUUGAGAGAAUGAAAAAGCAGACACAGGAGAAAAUCAGAGCAGAAAUACAGUAUGAGAUUAAUUUGAGACAACAAGAUGAGAAGAAAAAGAGACAAGAGGAGAUUGAGAGAGUGAGAAUGAUGACAGAGGAGAAAAUCAGAGCAGAGUGUGAAACUCGAAUGAGGUCUGAAAUGAGAAGACUUAAAGUUGAAAGACAGAGAGAGGAAGAGGAGAGAAAACAACAAGAGGAGAGAAAAAUACUUGAUGAGAUUGAGAGAGUGAAAAAGCAGACAGAGGAGAAAAUCAGAGCAGAAAUACAGUAUGAGAUUAAUUUGAGACAACAAGAUGAGAAGAAAAAGAGACAAGAGGAGAUUGAGAGAGUGAGAAUGAUGACAGAGGAGAGAAUCAGAGCAGAGUGUGAAGCCCGAAUGAUGUCUGAAAUGGGAAGACUUAAAGUUGAAAGACAGAGAGAGGAAGAGGAGAGAAAACAACAAGAGGAGAGGAAAAGACAUGAUGAGAUUGAGAGAGUGAAAAGGCAGACACAGGAGAGAAUCAGAGCAGAGUGUGAAGCUCGAAUGAGGUGUGAAAUGAGAAGACUUAAAGUUGAAAGACAGAGAGAGGAAGAGGACAGAAAACAAAAAGAGGAGAAGAAAAAGAGACAAGAGGAGAUUGAAAGAGUGAAAAAGCAGAGAAAUACAAAGUGUGAAGAAGGAUAUGGAUUUAAGGAGUUUUUUUCCAAGUAUUGGAAACACUUUUUAAUGGGCAUCGCAGCUGGUGCUAUAAUUGGUGGAGUUGUUGGUGGAGCUGUUGGUGGAGCUGUUGGUGGAAUUGUUGGUGGAGUUGUAGGCUUAAUUGUUGGUAAAAGGCAGGGGCAUCACUAAUGGGUGGAAAAAAUGUUGGGUAACACUUUACAAUUCUGGUGCACUAAUAUGCAUUAAUUCAUGCUUAACUAAUGCACAGAUAAUCAUGUGUUAAUGUAUGACUCAUGAAGAACUAAACCAUUAAUUAAUGAUUACUGCAUCAGCAACUAAUAAAGAUUCUAUAUGAUUAAUAGAUUAAGUAAUAUAUGAAUUGUUGUUAAUUAUAUGGCAUAAUGUAUUAACUCCUUAAUAACAUAUUUUAUUAACACAUUCAUUUACAAUUUUAAUUAACUACCACAAUGGGUUGAAGCCAUAUAUUUCAACUUUCAGUUGUCUGCAUUAAUUAAUCAUUAACAUAUCAUUAACAUAUCAUUAUGUUAUGACUACUUGUUGAGGCACAUGACUAUUAACUAAUUGUUAAAUAAUAUGUAAUUAAUGGGUUUUGACAGUUGCACAUGCAGUAAGUGUAAUGUCAGAGAAUGUGUUUGAAGAACAUUUUUAUUAUAAUUACAAUUAAGGAAUUUUUUUUACCUAGGGAAGUAAAACUGUCGAAACAAUCACAUAUAUUAAACUCUGUAGCUGAAUAGAAAACAUGGAAGCUGAAAGAAAAUAUUCAGUGAUUGAUUAACUAAUGUGUGACAAGUGUCUGCAACAUAGGUUGAAGUAAUGGAACAGUCUCUAGUUUAGCGGAGAACAGAAUCAAUGCUGGCAGUAAAUAAAUCACAGAAUCUUGUAUGGAAAAUUCUUAUUUUGUAAUUCAGCAGUCACACAAAAGACAUGAACUAUAAUUUGAAACAAAACAAUAAAAUUGAUCCACAAAAUAUGAAUUCUGUGUUGUCUUUUUUCCUCUUAUUCUAUUAAGAUUUGAAUUAUUUUUCCUUUUUAAAGAAUUCAGUGUAUUUUAUCUCUGUUUACAUAGACUGAAGGAAUUUUAAAGACUUACAAAAUCAUUUUAUUUAGUAUUUAGCUUCACUGUCUUCUGAAUUUUAGAGUUUAAGGUUUAGAGUACUAAACAGGGAAAAUUAGUGAGUACAAU